AGCAUGCACAAGAAAUGUACUGUCACAAAAUUUGUUUCACUGAAAGCUCUGUUGGGAGCUAGUUUUUGCAAACUUUUGUUCAAGCAGCAGAUCAUUAACCAGGAAGCAGGUAAUUUUCAAAAUGGCGGGUAAAGACGAUGCUGUGAUAGAUGUGAGUUUGAAUGGAACAUUGGAGCCAGCCAGCCCGUCGUUACAAAAUUGCAUCAAAUACUCAAGCACUGGAAAAUACUUCAGUGUCCUGUGUGACUUUGGAGUGGCUUUGAUUCUUGAGAUAAAAGAGCAUGAUGACAGCUUCCAGGCAGUCAUUACCAAGAAACUCUCAUUUGGUAAAGGUGAACUUCUGGAAGGCCAUGCUUGGUCCUGUGAUGAUGAGAUUUUUGCUGUGGCUGGAUGCAAAAUCCGUCUUUGUAAAGUCAACAAUGACUUCCUCAUCUUUCACACUAUUCCUUUGUAUUAUUUGCCAAAAGACAUAUCCAUCAUCUUGAGUGACUUUUCAUCAUCCAAUGAGAUUUAUCAGUUAGCAGUUGCCAGUCCAAAUGGAGUGGAGCUUUAUCAAAUGGAGAUGACAGACAACUUUAAAAUUGAUGGGUCCCUAUCUGUUCAUCCAGAUCUGGCCAUUGCAUUGGUGGAAUUUUCUCCAGACAAACUGAACCUGGCUGUGGCUGCCUUGGAUGGCCAUUUUGGCAUAUGGACUGUUUCUAGCUUGUAUACCAACCAGAAAGAGUUUUGGUAUAUCCACCUUAAAACUGUGCGCAUUACUAACAUAGAGUUCUCACGCGAUAGCUCUAUGGUUGCUGUGGCAGGUUGGGAUGGCUGUUGGCAUUUGUACCGGAAAGCAGUUCAAGAUGGGAAAUUGACUUGGAUAGAGCUCAAACAUAGUGCCAGUGUCGAUAGGGUGUCAGGGGAUUUGCCUGGUUGUUUUGUGAGCUGGUCCCCAGAUGACAAAUUUAUGAGAUUAAUUCAAUGCAAUGACAAGACAUUUAUCCUGGCAACAUUGGAUAUUCAGACCUCUGUAACUACGCAACGUUGUCUUGACGGCAUUCCUAAAGGAGUAGCAAGUUUCAGAAAAUUAUCUGGGGACUACACUCUCUUUUACGUGCGAUCCAAGCAUUGUUUUGCCGUAAGGUGGCCAGAAACUCAACUUGUGUCUUUAAUGAAAAGUGUUUCCGGUAACGAAGAGAAAACAAGACUUUUAUUUCAAGAAUCUUUUGAGGGCUCUGUGCUCGUAGAACUUUCGUCCAAAGGUUUAUUGACUCUGAAGUGGAGGAGGACGUCUCAAGAAAGCUUUUCCUUGCUUAGGGAAAGAGGAAAUAGGUGUGAGAACAGUUGUGAAAAUUCAUUGAAAGGACUUGGCUCAAAAUGCUCAGAACUAAGGAACGAAGGGUUCAAAAUGGGCGAAGAAUCUCUGGAGGAAAACAGAAAAAACGACAGCAGCCGUUUAGAGGAUGAAGCUAGAUUGACUGAAGUUUCUGCAGAGCUUCAUGCCGUCGGGUCUACAGGAAAUGCCAGCUGCCUGUUGGGUUAUGUGAAAACAACUUCCGAGGACAAAGCCGUUGAAAGUAUAAAUGCACUGAAUACACAAACUUCAGAGGGAUCUGAUACUUCGUAUGGGAACUGUCACUCGGAGACUUACGAAAAACUCCAGUCUCCUUCCAGUUUAUCUAGCGAAGUAUUGACUUUAGAAGCACCAUUUCUCAAUCCAGAACUUUUUCAGAAGUCUUGCUCUGGUGGUUUUACGUUUCUAUCAAGAAGUGGCGUGCGACUGUUAAUCUCAACAAAUUAUGUGAUAGUAGCCGUCUUGCCCCUCUUAGCGUACGUAUAUGAGUCGCAAAUUGAAGAGUGGAAAACGCUGCUAUUCCCCUGUCCAGUCAAAAGCUGCUGUAUCACUGCAGAUAGAUAUCUUGUACUUCUCACAUCCAGCGGCAAAGUAAGUAUUUGGUGUUUGCACACCAUGAGAACGAUGCACUGCACAGGCGAGGCUCUUUUCGACAUGGAACAGAGUAGCUCUCAAAGGUGUUUAAUGAUGUCAGGAAAUCCGUUUGAGCUACAGUUUAACGUCGUCAAGUUGGAUAAGACUGGCUCUGGAGAAAUGAUACGAGUCUCCUUUUAUCCAGACCAAGGCAACUUCAAGGUUACUAUGAAACGCUUAGCGCUAUGUUAUCCUGAUCUGCUGGGUCAGAGUAGUAAAAGUCAAUUAUGUGGCUCAAUUGGUAGCCUGAUUAUCUUCAAAGAUAGCCAAUUUGCGGACGGUGGUGACUUUCCAGAGGCAGAUCGUGAACGCGAGGAUUCCUGGUCAGUCAAGUGGGUCGUAUUAGUUCCAGAACUAUCCAUCAGCCGAACAUUUCUGGAGGAGCCAAAAUGUACUUUAGAGCAAUUUACUACUUUACGACGUAACUCUCUACAUCAACUGGAUGAACUCACACGGACAUCUAAGUAAGUCGCCUUAAAGUCGACCUCGCAUUUAGUAUGGACACCAAUAAGAAGUUUACUCUCUUUUCCUUUUUCUCUCCUUUGUGCAAAAAAAGGCAAAUGCGUCGUAAAACAUAUUUUCUAAAUUGUACUAUACACAUCUACGAAAGCUGUACAUCUUAUGCAUAAUUAACUAAUCCGAGUCUGUGAUCCUCAAUUAAAUCGU